AUGACACCGCGACCAACGACCGCGCCGGCUCAAUCGACGACGACCCAGCCGCAAGAUGAGGCCACAACGCCUACUCGGGCCAGCUUCGGAGCCGCCGCAUUAUCAUCGCAAAAGCCGCUGCCAACUUCACCCUUUCCCGACUCGGUGCAAGUACCCGAACCCUCCGCGACGACCCCGAAGAGAGCACAUUCGGAACAUUCGAGGAGAUCCAAGGACUCCGAUGACAUGGAGAUGGAUGACUCGGACGGCGAAGAGCACCCUGCCGAUGAUGGGGCUGGCUCAGAUGACGAAAGCGUUAAUGGCGAUGGGACAAAAUCUAAGAAGAAAAAAUCCCAGCGAUUUUACUGCACCGAUUAUCCGCCAUGUAGUCUGAGUUUCACGAGAAGUGAACACUUGGCACGCCAUAUCAGAAAGCACACUGGUGAACGCCCUUUCCAAUGCCACUGCUCCCGCCGAUUUUCGCGUCUCGACAACCUCCGACAACAUGCACAAACUGUACACGUGAACGAAGAUAUCCCGAUCGAUUCACUUGCCGCGACCGGAACACGGUUCCAGAGACAAAUCAGGACGGACAGGGUCCGACAACCCGGAAGAGCGCGGGCAUCAACGGCGGGGAGCGUUGCCCCUGGGGGGCGUGGCCACUCCAAGUCACUAUCCACAUCGAGUAUCACAAGCGUGAGCUCGAUAGCAUCUGGAUACAGCGUGAGCGAUGCACGCCGUCGCCCUGCGCCACUUGUUAUGGCUGACCCACGGUCUCGAACGUCCCUCGAGGCUUAUCGCGGUCCGGACGGGCAAUAUUACAGAGCGCCCUCGCCGGGUGAUUUCAGCACACCGACCUCCGCAACGUUCUCCGCCGGCCAAAAUAGCCCCCGAUGGGGGUCGGUCAUGUCCCCAGCCAAUUCGCACUCCCGGUCACAUAGCAUGUACGCAGGGUCGAGAACUCCAAGCCGCCGCCUAAGUGUUCCAUCCAGCAACAACCCAUUCCAGUCUCCCCACGGCCAAGGGGUUCGCCCUCCUGUUUUUGGCCCGGCUCUCAACUCGCCAAGCGCCGGGCCAUUUUCGCCGCAACAAAACAACAGCCUGCUUGGAUCGCCCACAAUUCCCACAUCAACAUGGUCUAGGAGAGAUUCGACUUCUUCGGGCACAGACGAAGCAUGGCGUAGGCGCACCUGGCAUCCCGAUACCCGCGAAUACAAUGGGGCAAGUAGACUCAGCCAAGUCAUUACACCAUCGCAGUUCCCCCCGGACACCGUGACUCUGCCCGCUCCCAAUGCGGGAGAGCCCCGGCAGCAGAUGAGACUCCCCGGUAUUGAGUCCUUUGACGAGUUCACAAGGCUCGCGCCCCCGCCACGCAACCCUUCGCCGAUGAUGAUCGAUUCCGAGGCCCGUCGGCCUUCCAUCCAGUUUCAAGUGCCUGAGCCACGCAUCGAGGACCCUCGAGGUCAUCCCACACAAUGGGAUUCCAACCUCCACCGCGGCCUUAAUCGAUUGGACAUUAACACGCCGCCAAGGGACACAGCGGGAACGUGGGCAAGCGAGGCUACUCAGGCUCUCCACGCUCGGGCCGAGCAAGCUAGGGUCAGGUUUGAGCCAGAGGUGGAGGCCUUGCCUCCGUCACGCGGCCCAAUGCCUCCCGCUAGCAGCGCUGGAAUGAUGGGCCCUCGGCACCAGCAUACCGUUUCGGCCCCUGCUUUCAACACUCCGCGUGAAGCCCGUCGUCAUGGGUGGUACAAUGGACCUGCGAGUGGCCAUCCCGCCGGCGAAACUAUCCCCGAGGGCCGGCCUCACGUCGACCGCAUUGUCCACCCUAAUGUCAGUUCCUUUCAAGGGUUCCCGGCCCGAGACCAGCAACAGCCGAUUGUCCAUCAACAACAACAGGGUCCCCAUGGGGAGCGAGUCGAGCGUAUGGAACGGAUCCCCGAGCGGCCUCCGAAUCAGGGAGGAGAACCCGAAGCCAUGAAACGGUUGGAGGCCCUGGUUGCCGUGGCCACUGGUCAGGGCUCCGUGGCGACCGCAUAUUGA